ACCAGUAAAAAUUCGGAGGUUUUAUAAGGUUUUGUCUUUGUGUGAUUAAUGUGUUUGGGGGUUUCACUGUGAAAGUAGCAGUAAUAGACAGUAGUAUGAACAAACUAAAACAAGGAGAAAAGCAAGCAGCAGAAAGUUGUGGGGAAGCAAAGAAAGGCAAUACAAAGAGAUAGGAAAGUGAAAAAGUUCUUAUGCUUUUGGGUUUGGUUUUUUUCUCUGUCUACAUAGCUUGGGAGUGUAUAACUGGUGUAAGCAAGAAUAGUCGAUGUGAUUUGAUAGGAACUCAGCCUGAACAUUGCAACCAGCGCUUUGCGUAGUGUGCUUAUUUUGGUUGAAUAUAAUGAGUUAUAGUGGCUCCAAUAUGGGUUCUGGUAGUAGAACUACUAGAAGUACAUUCGAGUAUGGAAGAACCCAUGUGGUUAGGCCCAAGGGGAAACACCAGGCCACCAUAGUUUGGCUGCAUGGCCUUGGUGAUAAGGGAUCAAGCUGGUCCCAGCUCUUGGAAACACUUCCUCUUCCAAAUAUUAAGUGGAUUUGCCCAACUGCUCCUACUAGGCCAGUAGCGAUAUUUGGUGGAUAUUCUUGCACUGCUUGGUUUGAUGUUGGAGAUCUUUCAGAAGAUGCUCCUGAUGAUUUGGAGGGGUUAGAUGCUUCAGCAGCACAUGUGGCUAAUCUUUUGUCAACAGAACCUGCUGACAUCAAACUUGGAAUUGGUGGCUUCAGUAUGGGUGCUGCAACAGCACUUUAUUCUGCCACUUGCCGCAUAUUAGGACAAUAUGGAAAUGGAAAUCCCUAUUCGGUCAACCUAAGUGCAGUUGUGGGUUUAAGUGGCUGGCUUCCAUGUUCAAGGACAUUGAAAAGUCGAAUGGAAAGAUCACACGAGGCAGCAAGGCGAGCUGCAUCCUUGCCUAUUUUGCUCUGCCAUGGUUUAGGUGAUGAUGUAGUUGCAUAUAGACAUGGAGAGAGAUCAGCACAGACCUUAAAUUCGGUUGGCUUUCGGGAUCUCACAUUUAGAUCAUAUAACGGGUAUUGA